AUCGACGCAGCUGCGUUAUACGGUUUCGCGUUUGCCCAGAGGCGGAAGGCUAACCUAACGUGGGACUCUUUUCAGAAGCGCUCUCACUUGCGCGCGCUUUGCCCCCGUAGCUCUCCCUUCAUAGUUGAGUGGUAGAGUCUAACGAAAGUUGUGAAUGGUAGUUGUAACGGUGGUCGGACGCACCGGGGUAUUUAGAGCAGUGGCGAAUUCUAUGCGCAAUUUUGUUAGUUAAAAGGGCACUUCCAGUGUAUUGGCGUGCUGCCUGAGUGACACCUGCUGCAGUGAAGGGCACUUGCUCAACGUGACACUGAAUUUGCUGUUCGUAUUGUGCCGACAUGUCGGAGUCAACGGGACGAGCGCGAGGCAGGUCACGAGGAAAGUCUCGCGGCACUACAGCCCCGCCGCAGCAGGAGUCGGCCUUGCGUAGGCCUGGCUUUGAAGGUGCUGGGUCAUCUCAGCCACCACCCGGAUACCAGCAGCAGCCCGGAUACCAGCAGCAGCCUGCAUACCAGCAGCAGCCUGCAUACCAGCAGCAGCCCGCAUACCAGCAGCAGCCUGGAUACCAACAGCAGGUCUACCAGGAGCAGCAGCCUGGCGGCAUGGCUGGCUGUCCUCCUCUGCAGCAGGCGCCACCACAGCGGGCUCCGACCGGACGGGCUGCCCACCGUCCUGCAGGAGUGAUGGCAAGGCCUGGGGAAGUGGUCACACCGCAGCCACCCAUUCAAGAGAUGGCGGCCAUGAGCUUGGCUGGUGGUGACACUGCUGGCAGAGGUGCUCGGCGUGGUCGACGUGAUGAAAUCGCUAUCCUUGCCACUCGUCCCCAGCGUAUCACCGACAAGAGAGGUACAACCGGAAACCCGCUCAAGCUGUUGACCAACUACUUCCGGCUCCUCACAAUGCCCAACUGGGCCAUUCAGCAGUACCACGUGGAAUUUGCACCAAACAUUGAGUCAUCUCGUUUGCGUGGCGCUCUCCUGCGAGACCACCGCGAUCGCUUUGGUGGGAGCUAUAUAUUCGAUGGCAUGUCGGACUUGAAGAGUGCAACCCGAUUGGAGCACAAGGUCACAGAGCUAUACUCUCAGCGUCGCAGCGACGGGGCUCAAAUUCGCAUCAUAGUGAAGCAUGUCCAGGAGCUUGCACCCAACAACCCAGAGCUGCUGAGAAUCUUCAACACCCAGAUGCGCAGAAACCUUGAGAGCAUGCAGUUUGUUCAAAUCCGACGCCAGUUCUUCAAUGCUGCUGGUCCAAAGCCAAUCAGUCGUCAUGGGCUGGAGAUCUGGGAAGGCCUGACAACUGCAGUCGGUCAGCACGAUGGCGGUAUCCUCAUGGUGGUGGAUACAGUGCACAAGGUGCUUCGCACUGAGAAUGUUCUUCACCUUCUCGGCUCUCUGCAGCAGACUGCUCGCGGCAACUACAAGGAUGAAGCUGUGAAGGCCGUGGUUGGCUGCAUUGUCAUGACCAGGUACAACAACAAAACAUACCGCGUUGACGACAUUGACUGGACAAAGAACCCUCAGCAGACAUUCGAAACGAGGGACGGUGCCAUCACCUAUCUGAAGUACUACAAGGAUCACUACCAGAAGAAUAUCAGUGAUCUCAACCAGCCUCUGCUCGUGUGCCGCCCAAGAGAGCGGGACAUCAGGGUUGGCCGCACUGACAACCUUUACCUCAUUCCAGAGCUGUGCUUCCUCACUGGGCUGACAGAUGACAUUCGUUCAAACUUCACCAUAAUGAAGGACUUAGCCAGUGAGAUGAAACUGGACCCUGCGAAGCGUGUGGUCAACCUCCAGGAAUUCAUGCGAAACAUGAACAGAAAUGCACAGGUCACAAAGGAGAUGGGCCAGUGGGGUCUGAAGUUCGCAGACAGCCCUGUUGAAAUUGAUGCUCGUCAGGUUCAGCCUGAAAAAGUGAUUCACGGAAAGAACAUCAAGUCCAACGUGAACCCUAUGACGGCUGACUUCUCGAGGGAGAUGCGGGACAAGACAAUGUUCAAGGCAGUCCAGAUACGGUCAUGGGUGGUUGUGUGCACCCGCCGGGACAUACAGAAUGCUCAGGACUUCGUGCGUGAGCUGAUGUGUGUGGGGCCACCUAUGGGAGUGACCAUGCAGCAGCCUCAAUUAGUUGCUCUGGAUGACGACCGCGUAGCCAGCUAUAUAAAUAGCCUCAAGAACAUUCCCACGGAGACUCAGAUGCUUAUGGCAGUGUUCCCUAACAAUCGCAAAGAUCGUUACGACAGUGUCAAGAAGGUGGCUUGUGUCGACAUGGGAUUGCACACACAGGUGAUGCUGGGCAGAACCAUCAGUAACAAGAAGAACCUCAAGUCUGUGGCGACCAAGGUGGUGAUUCAGAUGAACUGCAAGCUUGGUGGAGAAGCCUGGGCCUUGGAGAUCCCUCUCCAGAGUGUGAUGUGCAUUGGAUAUGACACCUACCAUGACUGCCGUCAGAAGGGCCUCUCGGCUGGUGGCUUCGUUGCCAGCCUGAAUAAAACCCUGACCCGCUGGUAUUCUCGUGUCAGCUUCCACCAGACACACCAGGAGCUGGGGAGUGCCCUGAAGACGCAUCUAGCCUUGUCCCUGAAGCAGUACCAGGAGGAAAACAACACAGCUCCUGAUCGCAUCCUCUUCUUCCGCGAUGGUGUCUCGGAUGGGCAGCUCCUGCAGGUGCAGGAGUGGGAAGUGGGACAGAUUCAGAGCCUACUGACCGAGAUGUUUCCGGGGCGAGAGCCUCAACUUGCCUUUAUCGUUGUGACCAAGAGGAUUGCUGCCCGCUUCUUCAGCAUCGACAACAGGGGUGGGUACCAGAACCCUCCCCCGGGCACUGUCAUUGACAGUGAUGUCACCAGGCCCGAGCGCUAUGACUUCUACCUAGUCUCUCAGAGUGUGCGCCAGGGAACUGUGGCACCCACACACUUCAAUGUCAUCCAUGACACAACAUCCCUGAAACCGGAGCACAUGCAACGCCUCUCGUACAAGCUCACCCACUUGUAUUUCAACUGGCCGGGCACCAUCCGUGUCCCCGCACCGUGCCAGUAUGCCCACAAACUGGCCUUCCUGGCAGGUCAGAGUCUUCACGCCGAGGCACACAAGAAGCUUGCGACCACACUUUUCUACUUGUAAAUGUGAUGCACGUCCCCAAGAGGGGCCAUUGCUACUGCCUAGUCAUGACACCGGUGGCAAAAGCUGUGCAUUCAUUUUUCUUUUCUUUUCCUCUCAUCUUCACUUGUUAUGCAAGGCAUUGAAUGCAAAGCACAGCAUUUUUCACAUAACCUAAACGACCUUUUUUGCUACCUGUUUGUGCAGCCUAAUCACAGGUUGGGAUAAGAAUUGGAAUUGGAUGAUGGCUUCGAAAAUUGGUUUCAUAAGGACUUCAAAUUCUUGUUUCAUACCAAUAGGCAUUAUAUACUGAUUGGUUUGAUAUGUUUGAGCUUGGUGGCUCUAUGGCUGCACAUCUCCCAUUUUGUUGCUGGGAAAAAUACUCCUGCAACCUAUUCUUGUUUUGAUAGCAUGGCGCCAAUCACCUUUCUUCCCCCUCAUUUGUCACUGUAGUAAAUUCACUACAAAGCUGCUUAAAGAAAGCAUACUUUUGGCAGACAUGAAGUGCCUUGCAUGUUCUGUUCAGUGUUGUUCCACUAACAUUUAAUAAAUAGUUACUUGCUUAA